AUGUUUCCAUAUCUUGAUGGUAAAACAAUGAGAGCCAGAAGCCUGGCUGCUCCAUCUGACCUGCCUCCAGAUUUUACUGCCGCCCAGGCACUGGGGCCGGACACACACCCAAAACACAUGCAGGAAAAGUAUGACGUGUUCGAUGAUUGCUGUGAUCCCACCACACUGACUGCAUUAUUCACCACCUACGGUGGCUACAAGUCCAAAUGGGAGUGA